AUGGAGCUGACUGAAUUGCUCCUCGUGGUCAUGCUUCUCCUAACUGCAAGACUAACUCUGUCCAGCCCGGUUCCUCCUGCCUGUGACUCCCGACUCCUAAAUAAACUGCUUCGUGACUCGCAUGUCCUUCAAGGCAGACUGAGCCAGUGCCCAGACAUUAACCCUUUGUCCAUACCUGUCCUGCUGCCUGCUGUGGAUUUUAGCCUGGGAGAAUGGAAAACCCAGACGGAGCAGACCAAGGCACAGGACAUUCUGGGAGCAGUGACCCUUCUGCUGGAGGGAGUGAUGGCAGCACGGGGACAACUGGGACCCACCUGCCUCUCUUCCCUCCUGGGACAGCUUUCUGGACAGGUCCGCCUCCUCCUUGGGGCCCUGCAGGGUCUCCCUGGAACCCAGGGCAGAACCACAGCUCACAAGGAUCCCAAUGCCAUCUUCCUGAGCUUCCAACAACUGCUCCGAGGAAAGGUGCGUUUCCUGCUGCUUGUAGGAGGGCCCACCCUCUGUGUCAGGCGGGCCCUACCCACCACAGCUGUCCCAAGCAGUACCUCUCUAUUCCUCACACUAAACAAGCUCCCAAACAGGACUUCUGGAUUGUUGGAGACAAACGCCAGUGUCUCAGCCAGAACUACUGGCUCUGGACUUCUGAACAGGCUGCAGGGAUUCAGAGCCAAGAUUCCUGGUCUGCUAAACCAAACCUCCAGGUCCCUGGACCAAAUCCCUGGAUACAUGAACAGGACACAUGGACUUUUGAGCGGAACUCAUGGACUCUUUCCAGGACCCCCACCCAGGACCCUAGAAUCCCCGGACAAUCCCCAUGGAACUUUAGACACAGGUGCUCUGCCACCCAACCUCCAGCCUGGAUAUUCUCCUUCCUCAACCCAUCCUUCUACUGGACAGUACACACUCUUCUCUCCUUCACCCACCUUGCCUACCCUCAUGGUCCAGCCCCACCCCCUGCUUCCUGACCCUUCUGCUACCAUACCCAACCCUACCAGCCCUAUUCUAAUUGCAGCCCACCCUCACUCCCAGAAUCUGUCUCAGGAAGGGUAA